CAGAGUGAUGUCUUGAGUUUUAUCACAACGUAUAAAAUGAGGGCAAAUGCCACAUUUGACACACUUCAGCGAACCUCAUCUCCAAGAUGCUGCUAAUAACUGCACUUCUGUCCAUUUUGUUUGCAGUGGGAAUCGAAGGUCGAACAGCCCGAAGAAUUCCUAUCGUCCGAGACAACAGAAUCAUCAAUGGCGUUGAUGUCGAACAAGGAGAAUUUCCUAGUCAACUAUCACUGCAACGUCCGAGAAGCCACAGCUGUGGAGCUUCCGUCUUGAACGAAAACUGGGCGUUGACAGCAGCUCACUGUGUUGAUGGGUCAUCUAUAUCCAGCAUCACAUUUUGGGCUGGAACAAUUUACCUGGACAACGGAGGAACCCGACAUGAAGUUGAAGAAAUCAUUGUUCAUGAGGGUUACGUUGAAGAAGAUUCUUGGAAAAAUGACAUCGCUGUUGUUAAGGUGUCAAAUCCUUUCGAGAUCGAUGGAGUGAACAUUAAACCAAUUCCUCUGCCACCCCAGGGACAAAACCCAGCUGAUGGUUCUACUGCCACGGUCAUUGGAUGGGGCAGACUGCAAGAAAAUGGCCCUAUACCUAACACACUACAGAAGGUCGACCUCGACAUUGUGAAUCAGGAACAGUGCAACGAUGUGUACAGCAACCUUGGCUAUCCUAUUUACGAAGGCCAUAUCUGUGCUGAUGUACCACAGGGAAAUCAGGGAUCAUGCAAUGGUGAUUCAGGAGGCCCGUUGCUCGUAGACGGGGCGGUUGUCGGUCUUGUAUCCUGGGCGUACGGAUGCGCUGUCCAGGGCUACCCUACCGUGUACACCCGGGUCUCAGCCUACCGGGACUGGAUCACUGAGAAGACUGGAGUCUAAUCGACAAUGACGUCACAACACGUCGCUCUGAACUCUACCACCGAACACUAUUUCAUCCACUAUUGACAUAUUACGAGAAAAAAACAAACACUUCUCACUAAAUAAACAUCGAAGAAAUGUUUCGCAAAAUAAAUGGAAUCUUACCCUUCUUACUUAUAUUUUCAGAUAUGUAUUAAAAAUCAAAGAAUAUCUUAAAUAUCUGUUAUGGGCAAAAACGUGGAAUGUAUCUUUAAAUAUGGAUUCUUGGACACUUCGUGGCCGAGCUAUGGCCGAUUUGAAAACAGAUGCAGAAAUCUUAAAAUAAUUAUGGUUGUUAAGUUAAUGACAAGUAACAGAACUGUAACUUAAGGUAGAAAAUGAACGCGGAUUAAUACGUAACACGCCUCAAAUUUUUCAUUCACAUCAUAAACGUCCAUGUCAAAUAUUUGUACUGCUCACUUAGUCUCCGGGGGGUAUGCCCACAAACACAACUAGUCUUCUGCCACAGAAAAGGCUUGAUUUCAAUCAACACUGGAUAACUAAUCGAUAGUUGUAAAACGAUUUGGACUCUGCUAGUCAAUUCGCUUUGAAGAUGGAGACAGUAAGAGUCUCCGAAACGUCGAAAACAUAGCCCACAUCUAUAAGGCGCCACCACACAAUAAACAUAAGAGCAUUUUAAACUUGGAUUGUAAAGUUGGACAACACUAAAUAAAAUCUCAUGUGGAUAAAAUUCACAGCGCUUAUAUAUCUCGUAUAUAUUCGUAUGUUGACGCAAAUUUUCCUGCAUUUAUAUAUCUCUUUGUAAAUGAGAUUGCGUGUUCUUUGAACGAAUGCAUCGUGGGCUGAUCGUGUCUGUCUAUCCGCCCGUCUGUCAAGUCGAUUCAACUAAAGAACCAACGGACGGAUUUGGAUGAAAUUUGGCAUGGAGGUUGUGCCAUUCUGCACGACCUCAAAAUCGUAAUUUUAAAUAUCCUACGAGCGGUGAUAACAAAAUGACGGACGUGAAAAGUCGUGAGGUGGACAAUGAGGUGCUGCGAUCUGGUGUCCAUGCUGGGGAUAUUUGUUCACAAUGGUAAUCAUGGUUACCAUUGGCGACCAUUGUUAUGCGUACCUUGAAUGUUUACCAUGGUUACUAUGGUAAAGUGGGAAUAAGCCGAAGUGAUCGUGCAUGUAGGAGUGUUUUAGCUUUAAUUAAGAAAAGUCAGUUCUUCAAAUUGGAAUAUUUAUAAAUUCUCUAAAUUCGUAAAUUAGUUUCUCGGGGAAAGGCAGGUAUAAUACCUCAAAAAGCACGCCACAAAGAACACAUGAGGAUAUUAUGUGCACUUCGGUACGGGAAUACAAUUUCCGUGCGUUGUACGAGUCCUGUUAAUGGUGUAGAAAGUUGUUUACCGCGUUGUUUGUAGAAUAUCUGUUAUGACACUCAAAAUUACUAUGGACUGUAUCCUAUUUUUAACGUAAUCAUUUAAUGGGCCCAGUUAAUGGUGUCCAUAAUGGAUGACUGAUUACCGUAUUGUUUGUAGAAUAUCUGUAAUGACAUAUUUUGAAAUUACAAUGGACUGUAUUAUAAGUUUAAAGCAAUCUUCGUUAGCCACUUGUGCAGGUUGAUUGAUCUAUGAAACUUAAUCAAAAUACGUAAAAAAAAAGGUUACGUUCAGUCGUUAUUCGCUUUUCAAUGUUAUCUUUAUAAGUGAUAAAGAUUGUUUUGCAAA